AUGCAUCGCGCGCUAUCAUCCAGAUGGCUCAGGAGCGCCCUGAGUAUUGGCGACAGAGCCACCCUAGCGGAGGUGCCGAUUUACCUUUGCCCGUCCCUCGGCGCCGCAUCCGGGAGACACUCGUUUGCGCCGGCCGCCGAGGCUCGUCGGGGUCUUCCCUAUGGACAGCGACGCUGCGUUCACGUCGAGGCCAACACAACCAGUGAAGCACAACAAUCGCCGCCACCCGCGACCGAACCGACGCAGCAACUCUCGACCAAGAAGCUCCCGCUACAAUGCAGCGGCUGCGGCGCGCUGACCCAAACGACGGACGCCGGACAAGCUGGUUACUACGACUUAAGUAGGAGAGCAGUGAAGGAGUUUCUUGCGCCCGCACAUGGCCAAGAUGCAGAGAAAGAGCUUAAAGACGAGGAUAGGGUUGUCGAAGAGGCUCUGCAGAACCUGAGCGAAGAGCAGCUGGCGCAGUUGGGUUUGGACCCAAGGACUUUGCGCUACGGGGAGGAGCUGGAGACAGACCGGUCUGUGUCACGCCCUGCGAACAAGAGAGCGCCGCUCUGCGACCGAUGCCACAAGCUGGUCCAUCACCACUCUGGAAAGCCGAUCUACCAUCCCACCGUGGACUCCCUGCGAGAGACAAUCGAGGAGUCGCCAUUCAAGACCAACCAUAUUUACCACAUCAUCGACGCCGCCGACUUCCCCAUGUCGUUUAUGCCGAGGUUGCACCAGAUCCUUGACGCCAACCUGAAGCACCGCAAUCGCAGGAACAGGGCCGGGCGAUACUUCAAGGACCGCAAGUUCGACAUGAGCUUCAUCAUCACCCGCUCGGACCUGCUGGCGCCGAAGAAGGAGCAGGUCGACGCGCUUAUGCCGUACUUAAGAGAGGUGCUGCGUAAGUCGCUGGGAAAGUUUGGUCGGCUCGUUACGCUGGGCAACGUCAAGUGCGUCAGCGCCCAGAGGGGCUGGUGGACGAAAUCCCUCAAGGAGCAGAUCUAUGAGCGUGGAGGCGCCGGAUGGAUGGUUGGCAAAGUGAAUGUUGGCAAGAGCCAGCUGUUCGAUUCCGUGUUCCCCAAGGGUACGACGGCCAACAUCCCUUCUAAGCACAAUGUCGAAGUCUCCAUGUUCGCAAGGGAGGAAGAUACCGACGGCACUACGUACUCGGCCGGGGACGUGUUCGAGAGCGAGGCGGACCGUCUGGACUUGGAUGCGCUGCUGCCGCCCGCCCGAAACGAAACCAACUUCCCGGAAAUGCCGACCGUGUCUUCCCUCCCCGGCACUACGGCAUCCCCUAUCCGCAUUCCCUUUGGAAACGGAAAGGGAGAGUUGAUCGAUCUGCCCGGAGUCGCUCGAUCGGAUCUCGAAAACUACGUCAGGCCGGAGCACCGACAGGACCUUGUCAUGCACCACCGGAUCAAGCCCGAGCAGCGCUCCCUCAAGCCCGGUCAGUCCCUCUUGCUGGGUGGUCUGAUUCGCAUCACCCCGACAACGCCGGACCUAGUCUUCCUCGCGUACAACUUCACGCCCAUCCCCGAACAUGCAACGGCCACCGAGAAGGCCAUUGAGUUUCAGGAGCAGACGAGAGAGUCCCACCGUGUGCAGAACCUGGCCGUGCCCGGAAUCGCCGACAAGAUCAAGCUCGCCGGGACCUUCCAGCUCCGGUACGACGUGACCAAAGAACGCGCGGGACCCCUCACGCGCAAACAUGUUGGGGACAUGAAGGUUGAGAACCUCCCCUGGCGCGUUCUGGCCAUUGAUCUCCUCAUCGAAGGUUGCGGCUGGGUUGAGAUCGUUGCGCAGGUGCGGACCAAGACCCUCUUUGCCGGUUGUGCGCCAUUCACGGGCCGAGAAACCGCGCCAGAGCCUGAACCUGAGCCUGAGCCGAUUGACCCCUUUGCCAAGAUGGAGAAGGCGGCGGAGAGGCGAAGCGUGGCCAAGGUUGAGGAGAAAAAGCCUGCCGCAAAACCCGACGAGCCGCACUGGCCCGUAAUCGAGGUCUGGUCUCCCGAGGGCAGGUUCAUCGGCUCUCGUAUGCCUAUGAAUGCAUGGUUGAUCAACAAGUCUCCGAAGAAAAGUAUCAAGACCCGCCCUCGCAAGAGCAUGAAGGGUGCGAAGAAGGCCGCCAAAGGCGCCAAGAGAGCCGCCGAGGCCGCUGCGUAG